CUUAAGACUCAUCAUGACACCACGGAUUCUGACUGUUCUUACAGUUGGCCUUGUUUGUCUGCAUUAUGGACAGCCCAAGACUUUCCAAAAGAGGGAGACUUCUGUGAAAGUUCAAUUUGUCAAAUCCUCAACCGCAGAUUGGCCUGCAAGUAAUGCAGAAUCUUUCAAGAAAGAAACACCCAUAUUGACCGAUCACAAUCCCGGCGACAGCGCCAACAAGCGGCUCACCUUGACCGCGUUUGGCAAGGAUUGGACCAUAUCUCUACAGAAGAAUACCAUGUUAUAUGGGAAGGAUAUGGCAUUUGAGAUCAGGGAACCAUACAAAGGUGGCGUCAUGGAUACCCUUGCUCGCCCGGCGGAUUGCUUCUAUAUCGGCACAGUGGAGGCUGGCGAGAAUGAAGCAGGCUCAGCAGCAGUGUCCACUUGUAAUGGAAAGGUGACAGGGACGCUUAUCACAAACCUGAAUGAUUACAUGAUAAACCCAGUGAUACGCAAGGGAAGAAAGAGGGCGACAGACGAAGACCCAAUCGAGAUGCUGAUACGACACAUUAACUCAACGAUAGCCGAAGGUCGUAGCCGUUCAAAGCGAUCAGCCAUAGCCGAGGAGAUCCUACACCAGCCGCUGCUGAGGCCUGACGGAAGGGCCAUCUUCUUCGAAACUGGAGUCGUUAUCGACAGGAGUUAUACUGAUGAACUACACAGCGUUCUUUACAUCGAGUAUGACGAACUACCACGAUACGUCACAGAUCUAUUCAAUGCGGUGCAGUUGUGGUACCUGCACCCAACCCUCGGGUACCAGGUGUGGUUGACUCUACAGAAGGUGAUCAUUAUACAGUACGACAUUCCCGUGCAGGGAAAGACCGAUUUAGCCAAGGCAUGCGGAUGGCAGGGGAAGACUUUCAGCGACUCUGCUAACUGGGAUGGUACAUUCCUACUUACUGGUGACAAAUCCAUUCUUGGGGGAAUCGGUGGACUGGCGUAUCCUGGGACUGCGUGCGGCAAUAUCAAUUAUCAUUGCGCUGGCAUUUUGGUUAACAACCAUCAGAGCUUGAUGGCCCGUUCCAUCGCACAUGAGGGAGCACACGUACUUGGUCCUAUGGAUGACUACGUAAAACCCUACUCGGACGUCUGUUACACUGGCAUGAUGAGAGAGGGGCUCUAUGAAGACAGGGAUUGGUCCACUUGCAGUGUUCAGAUGCUGGAACAGUUUCUCCAGACAAAGGCCAAGUUAACGAAUUGCCUCCUGCGUGAGUCCACCCCCAGUCUUCCCUCUCUCAGUCGGCCUAAGUUCCUAAAUAAUGUGGCGUGGAGGUCGAGCGCUGAGCAGAGCAGUACCUACCACAGUGAGGUAGCUUGGGGAGCUUGGAAGGCGGUGGAUGGGAGUAUCACAGGAGUACCACAUCUGGAUCCCAACCCUGUUUUUGGUAGCUGCACCCGGACGCAACCCGAGAAAGAUCCCUGGCUGAUGAUAACCUUACCAAAGGAACACCGCGGCACCACCAUCACAACCAUCCAUGUCUACAACAGGGAGGACUGCUGCGCUGAUAGGCUGCACGAUUUUGAAAUCAGGGUCGGAGAUAAUGAGAAAUUCCAGAAGAAUCCACUGUGUCAUUUUCAUAAAGGAGGUGUACCGGGCGGUCGGUAUGGAAUGGUUAUCAUCCGAUGUGACAAUCCGCUCUCUGGGAAAUACGUCAGUAUUCAAAUCAAGGGCGGGGACAGGGAGAUACUGACGGUGUGCGAGCUCAUGGUCUAUCAAGAUGUCCAACUCCCCUUCUACAAGAAUCCGAAUUAUAGCUGUGCCGAUGCAAUUUACGGCUGCGCAGGAGCAAAGCGAUUUAACGGAUGUGGAGGAGACCACAAGAAGACAAAUUGUGCCUUCACCUGCGGGUUUUGCAAGCGUGAAGUGUCACAUCCUACUAUCCCGACGGGCACAAUCCAUCCUCCAUACAGUACUGACGAGCCAACUUGCCGUGAUGAGAGCAGGAGUUGUCCUCAUCUUGUAGCGAAUGGGGAUUGCCUGGCGGGGGACAACAUGAGAAGAUGCCCGCUCUCGUGUAAUGGCUGCAAGCUACCAACGACUACUCCUGCGACCACCACAACGACGACAUCAACCACAACCACGACCACAACAACCACCGAGCCACCUUGCCUCGACCAACGGCCUGAUUGCCCUGGAUGGGCAUCCAUGGGUCACUGCGCUCUAAACCCUGUCCUGCUACAUGUCCAGUGCAGAAAGUCUUGCGGGUUGUGCAAACCCGAGACAGGUUGUGCUGACCAGGAGUACAACUGCCCUGCUUGGGCGAAAGCAGGAAAUUGCGAAUCGAGUCCGCACAUUGUUCAAAACUGUAAGAAAUCUUGUGGAGCCUGCUAAUUGGUGAAAUAAUGUAACAGAAAAGAACUGCAAUGAAAUAUA